AAGUCAAGGAAACAAGUGUAUCACAGGGACUGUGUGCAAAGACCAUCAGUAUCCCUGACUAAUCCUUUUUUUUAUUUUGAGAAACUACGUGCGUGCGUGUGUGCGUGAAAGUGUGAGAGUAGGAGGGUGUGUGUGUGUGUGUGUGUGUGUGUGUGUGUGUGUGCGUGUGUGUGCGUGUGUGUGUGUGUGUGUGUGUGUGUGUGUGUGUGUAUGUGUGUGUGUGUGUUUAUGUGUGUGGGUGCAUGCGCGAGUACCUCUGUCUGUGUGUGUGUGUUUGCGUUAGUGUGUAUGCACGCGUGUGUGUCGUGUGCACGCGCGCCUGUGUGCAAUACUUUAUGUGCAUCGAAACCAACCCUCGAAGGCAGAAGAGAAAAUAAGAAUUUGACAACUGUGUCGAUAUUUUAUUUGCAACGAGACACACAGCUGCAUCGGACUUAAGACAUCGCCUCUCUGCACAUUAAGAAUGGUCACUCAGAUACUCAGCACCAUGGAAACUCAGGUGGCAAAUGGUCCUACAAGCAACAACACAUCCAAUGGCCCUUCCCUGAACAGCACAAACUGCUCCAUACCAAUGAUGGCUGGGCCUUCCGAUGACAGCAAGACUAACCUCAUCGUCAACUAUCUACCGCAGAACAUGACACAGGAAGAAUUCAAGAGCCUGUUUGGCAGCAUUGGGGAGAUUGAAUCCUGCAAACUCGUUCGUGACAAGAUCACAGGUCAGAGCUUAGGAUACGGUUUCGUAAACUACGUGGAUCCAAAUGACGCCGACAAAGCCAUCAACACUUUAAAUGGACUCAAGCUACAGACUAAAACUAUCAAGGUUUCCUAUGCUCGACCCAGCUCGGCCUCCAUCAGAGAUGCCAACCUGUACGUCAGUGGACUUCCCAAGACCAUGAGCCAAAAGGAGAUGGAGCAACUCUUCUCCCAAUACGGCAGGAUCAUCACCUCACGCAUCCUUGUCGAUCAAGUUACAGGGGUUUCCCGAGGAGUCGGCUUUAUACGAUUUGACAAGAGGAUAGAGGCAGAGGAAGCAAUCAAGGGACUGAAUGGCCAGAAGCCUCUAGGGGCAACAGAGCCCAUCACAGUGAAGUUUGCCAACAACCCCAGUCAAAAGACCGGCCAGGCUCUGCUGUCCCAACUCUAUCAGUCAAGCAGCCGACGAUACCCUGGUCCUUUGCACCACCAGGCACAGAGAUUCAGGCUGGACAAUUUACUUAAUAUGGCCUACGGCGUAAAGAGCCCUCUGUCUCUGUCCACCAGGUUCUCUCCAAUCACAAUAGAGGGGAUGACAAGCCUGGCGGGAGUGAACCUCUCAGGCCCCACGGGCACUGGCUGGUGCAUCUUCGUGUACAACCUAUCCCCCGAAGCAGACGAGAGUGUCCUCUGGCAGCUGUUCGGGCCCUUCGGAGCCGUCACCAACGUCAAGGUUAUCCGCGACUUCAACACCAACAAGUGCAAAGGCUUCGGCUUCGUCACCAUGACCAACUACGACGAGGCGGCCAUGGCCAUCGCCAGCCUGAAUGGCUACCGCCUCGGCGACCGAGUCCUCCAGGUGUCCUUCAAGACCAGCAAGACACACAAGUCGUGAAGCCGCCUCACAUACGCGCGCGAGAGAGAGAAAAACAAACAAAAAAAAAUCAAAACACAGAAGCGCCCCUCCGCAACACAAAAAAAAGUAAAGGAAAAUAAUCAAUAUGCCACCAAACACACACACAGCAACAGAACAGAACAAAAAAAAAUCAAAAAAAAUCCAUUAAUAUAACUGGGCUUACAGUGAAACACAGAACAGACUUUUUCUCAACAGCCAGUGUUAGCAUUAUAUUGAUACAGGACAUGUUACAACAAAUAAUCAGGAAGCUAUUUCAUAAACAACUUUGAAUACUUUUUUCAUAGCUCUUAUUAUAUGAAUAUAAUACAUAUAAAACAAUACUACGCAGGGGGUUUUAACCCAGCCUAAUAUUAAUAAUAAUGCUUAUAACUGCCUUCUUUGAAGGUGAUAAUCUGUUGAAAGGGCAGAACAGAGAGCUGGGAAACUUUAGAACAUUUUCACUAAGACCUGUUUUCGUGUGGUUGCAAUUGACAUAUAGAGAAAAAAAUCUUUUAAAGGGGAAUAUUUAUGAAUUACAGCUCAUAAUUAAUUUACCUUUUUUCUCUUUUUCCUUGUUCCUUCCACGGUUUCAUUAACUAAGAACAAAAAAAAAUGUGCAAUACUGAGCAGCUAAAACAUUUGGGCUGGGCUCCGUCAAGCAAUGAAGUGCAUUACUGUAAAUUAAUUUUCAAAAAGUCUUUGCUGAGUUGUUCACGGGUCCCUGCCAAGUGUUCUGUGCCAUGAAAGGCGCAUCCAGUUCAUAACUUUGCAUCCUUCCAUGGGCAGUUCUUGCACAGAAAGUCUCUUUCAGUGCCAGUAUCCCAAAAAAAACAGGCCACAGUCUGGAAUCACGAAUAAGGAACAGUUUGGGGGUAAUCUGUGUACCACGAUCUUAUUGGCAGAAUUAGCAUUUUGUAACUCGAUGCAUAAAAAAAAGUCUUGACCCCUACUGAAGCUUAUUCUGGUCCCUACUCUAUGCACACACUGCAAGAAGGGGUUUAAAAGCACCUGUCUAACAGGGAGGACUGCAAACUGCAAAGUGGAAUUACCCGCAGCACGGUAGCAUGGUUUCAGAACACUUAGUAACGGAUUGUGUCUGUUGAGUUAAACUAUUUUCAAAAUAGGUUUCCCCUUUAAUAAAACGCUAUGCAUAAUCUCAUCUUAAAAAUGACAGUGCCCCCCACUUCAAAAAUAUUUGAGGGAUACUUUUAUAGCUUCUGAGUAAUUGUUAUCUGGCCUCCUCCAUGUGAGAAACCGUGAAGACACUGAAACAAUGUUUAUGGCGUUCACCAAAAAAAAACUUGUACGUAAACAGCAUAGUUGUGUAGCCAGUCGCAUGGUCUUUGUCUCCAGGGGCACCUUUGGCUGGCUAGACAGCACCAGGCCUAGUGUCUACGUGUGGGAAUCUUUUAUAUGGGCAAAUUAGCUCAGAGGCUUCGAGUUGUAGAGGUGGGAUCUUUUACCCUCUCCUUUUGUUAGUGUAAGCCUGCUCUCUCUGGUUACCUGAUUAAGCAAAGAAUGUAGAUUAGUGACUAAUUUCACUAAGACAGGAUGUGAUUAUACAGGAAUAUUUGUUCUUAAUGGACCAUUUACAAUUUGUCAGUCAUGAAGCAAUCUUUUUUAACACAAAACUCAUGGCAUUGAGCCAUCCUGUCGGACAGAUCCCCGAACUUUUGGGAGGAUGUAAUGUAAAAAUGUGCAUUGAUAUCCCUAUAUUUAUAAAGUAAAAUUCAAGCAUGAGAUUCUUUCCUAUUUAAAAAAUGAGCUGUUUACAUGACAGGCUUCCUGAAGAAUAAGAAAGGAGAGAAUGCUUAACUUGUGGAUGCCUUAGCAGGAAAAGUUUGCACUUUCUCAACUUCCCCUUGCCGUCCCAUUGUUGUCUGUGCCUCUGGAAGGCUGAGCUGGGGAGGACUGUUCACAUCCCCCGUUACAGAGCGACUCCUUAUCGGACCGCGUCGACCACUGGCCACCUCCUCCUCAUGGCUCCCGGUCGCAUCUCCUUGGUGUCCUUCACACUUGCUGGUUCUUCGCAGAACUUCGUCUGACGUUGAGGAAGGUUGGGGCAGAUCUUCAGUCAGCUCCUGGUCAGGUACCUAAUGACGCUUGUCGCGAUAACCAAAGCAGGACAAAACAAAGUGGCAGUAUCAAACAUUACCAACUACAGUAGGGCCGUCCAGCCCUGGUCUUAAAGUCAAACAGGCAGAAGAUAUUUUAAGAUUACUCCUGUAGUGAUCUCUCAGUCCCAAUCCCUCCGCAGUUUGCAGACCUCUCCCCAUCUCAUUAAACUCAAUAGCUGCUGUGAUGGAUCAUCAUUCAAAUUCAAAUCCAAGAACUCAAGACCCUCAGAAAAAUUAUUCAUAAAGCAUAGAAUUUAGAACAUUACAGUACAGUACGGGCCAUUCAGCCACAAUGUUAUGCCAACCUUUUGACCUACUCCAAGAUCAAUCCAAUCCUUUCUUCCUACACAGCCCUCCACUUUUCUAUCAUCCAUGUGCCUAUCUAAGAGUUCCUUAAAUGCCAGUAAUGUAUCUGCCUCAACCAUAGCAGGGCACCCACUACUCUCCAGUGAAGAAACUUACCUCUGAAUUUUUCCCCUAUACUUUCCUCCAAUCACCUUAAAAUUAUGCUCUCUUGUGUUAGCCGUUUCCACCCUUUAAAAAAAAUCUCUGGCUGUCCACUCAAUCUAUGCCUUUAAUCAUCUUGUACACAUCUAUCCAGUUCUUAUUUAUCCCCCUUCACUCAAACAGAAAAGCACUAACUCGCUCAAGCUAUCUUCAUAAGACAUACUGUCCAGUCCAGGCAGCAUCCCGGUAAAUCUCCUCUGCAUCCACUCUAAAGCUCCCACAUACUUCCUAUAAUGAGGCGACCAAAACGGAACACAAUACUUCAAAUAAAUACUCCAGUACUGAACACAAUACUUCAAAUAAUACUCCAGUACUGAACACAAUACUUCAAAUAAUACUCCAGUACUGAACACAAUACUCCAAAUAAAUACUCCAGUACUGAACACAAUACUUCAAAUAAAUACUCCAGUACUGAACACAAUACUUCAAAUAAUACUCCAGUACUGAACACAAUACUCCAAAUAAAUACUCCAGUACUGAACACAAUACUUCAAAUAAAUACUCCAGUACUGAACACAAUACUUCAAAUAAUACUCCAGUACUGAACACAAUACUCCAAAUAAAUACUCUAGUACUGAACACAAUACUUCAAAUAAUACUCCAGUACUGAACACAAUACUUCAAAUAAUACUCCAGUACUGAACGCAAUACUCCAAAUAAACACUCUAGUACUGAACACAGUACUCCAACAUCCUGGUGAACCUUUUCUGCACAAUCUUUUCUCCCUUCUGAAGGUCCUGACCAAUGCAAUUUUCACCACCUCUAUAAACAGUGAGUUCUUGAUCAUAACCAUUUGUUGCAUAAAAUACCAAAUCCUCACUUCCUUUUCUAUCUUGCUAUUAUUUUUCUUCCUAUAGAGGUAACCAGAACUGAACACAACACUGCAAGUGUGAAUAUAUCACAAUAUUCCGAGUAGACUCAGCUCUGUUGAUAACUGUCAGCCAUUACAGUGCAAGCAGUGAGAUGUUCAUUUGUUGUGUCUUUACGGAGAAAAUAUCAUCUUGUGAUAAAAAUCAUUGUGUUGAUGCUGGCAAAAACCCUUCUCUUGUGCGCUACCUGUGGGAGGCUUCUCCCCUAAGGUAGAACACUGAUGAGGUUGCCUGCAUAAUGCUAAAAUUCACAGGUUAGUCCCCAUUGGUUGGAAAGGCCAGGCUGCUUCUCUGAGGUGACAUGGCUAGGAGUCCCAGCCCAUUCAAGUCCCCGGUGUUGCAGAGACUGUGGGAGCUGCCCACUGUCAGGUGGUCAGGUAGCACCCUCUCUUCACUGCCCUUGCAUGGGCUGGGUGGUGGGGACCCUUCGUAAUGGAUGUUGCUUUCCUGCGACAGCGCUCCUUGUAAAUGUGCUUCCCAGUCCCACCCAGUGGCAAAGCAGCAGAAAGUGACGAUAGGAUCUGAAUUUUUUAUGUUCAGUCUCACCUAACGGAUGGACAGAAGAGCAUACGAAGGUUAGUGUUCUUUUUGCAAUCUGCACGUUUGACUCAAGAAUCAAGUUUAUUUAUCACGUGAAACUGGCAGUGAAAUACGCCGUUUUCAUUAAUAAUCAACACAUCUGAGGGCGUGCUGGGAGCAGCCCACAAGUAUCGCCACACAUUCCAGCAUGUCCACCAUGUUCAGCAGAUCAGAACAAGCAAGAAAACAACAUCAGCAAAACAAGCCCCAUUUCUCCCUCCCUCACACCCACACAGUCCGCUAACCCUUAAACCAGGCUCUCUUCUUCACCCUCCGUCGGACUUGGAUUUGGAUUUGUGUGUCCACAGCUUGAACGUCACCCAUAACAAUCACUUAUUGUUUUCCAGCCCAGAGUAUUGUAGCAAACCACUCCUUCACAUUUCCUACCAUUAACACUCACUCACAUGCAGUCACUUCACAGGACACUGUUAGUGUACACUGCAGAGAAUCAGAAUAAUCGCAACAACAAAGACUAAUCUGAUACCUUCCUUUCCCCACACGCGCGCACACACGAGUCUAUAAAGUGCACACACAUCCACCCUCACCAUGGCAAUGGCCAUGAACAGUUACAGGUACACGACCCUGUAUUAAGAUCAUUGUUACUCGCAGCACAUCAGGUGAUGGCACGAUGAUGGAAACUCUUCCCUCUAGUUGUAGGUGAAGGUAACUCUCUUGCAAGUGUAUUGUGGUCUGUCUCCUGUCCUGUAUGGUCGGUUUGGAAAUCAGUCCUCUCUCUUAAAUGAUCAACACCAUUCUGUUCAAAAGCAUAGGUGAUAUUGGAUGGGUGAUGUAAUGAGUUGGUAACCUCUCCCCCAGAAAAUUGAACCCUACACCCAUGAGCUAUCCCACAGGUUAAAAGGCAGUAGAACAUAAAUCCCCAGCUUUCUCAUUUAUCCUUCACAUUUUCCUUGGGCACUUCACCGCUUGUUGCUACAGCCCUCAUACCUUCACUGCCUUCCGUGAAUUAAGAUGAUUUAAAACUGUGAGGUAUAAGGACUGGUCAACACCCCAAGUCGAAGACAGGAUUUAUCGGAAUUUCUUUAAACAUUCAGCACUCUCCUGGCUGUCACAGAGCUAACAUUCUAUAAUGCUAACACAAAUGACAAUGUCAACUAAAACACCCUAUGAAAUCAUCCACUAAUUUCACACAUCAUAUUUAUCCUGACCCUGCUAUCGCCAGACUUAAAGGGACAGUCCCACUUUAUUUCCACAGUACUCGUUCUAUACCUGCUCUCCCCUUCCUCUUUUGUAAGCGCAGAAGGUUAAGGUUAUGGUCCAGUUAAAAUAGAGCGACUGAAGGGGAUUAAACUGAGUCGCUUCUCCUCUCCCCCCCUCCUCCCCCUCCCAAGGACAGGCAUUCUCUGAUGUUUGAGGACACAGGGGAAUAUGAGUAGGUGCAGAAAUGCGUGACAAUCGGCAGUCUUUUUGCCAGCUUGGGAAUGUUUUGCAUUUCAGGGAUGAGUCUGCAAGCAGGGACGUGGUAUGGGAAUGCAAAUGUUUGGUUGACUACAUCUUGUAUGAAGAUAUACCUUGCACACAUGUGUAUAACUUUCACGUGACAGAUACCUAAGUUUCUCUGUUGAUGAACUAAUUCAUAGUGGUGAUUCAGAGAUUUUUCAUUUGUCCGGAUUGAGGCAGAGUGAUCUCAUGCCCCAAGCCCAUUAGUAACUUCUCUUGUUGGAAGAGAAACAUUUUCCAACUGACGCCAGUGAAGUGACUUAUUACAGCUCUGCCCUUUUCUCAAGCCUCAGGCCUUGGGACCCCCUUUCAGACUGGGAUGGCCUUUUCCCAAGAGAGAAAGGGGUGAGAGUAGAUGCUGACAUCACCCCGAUGUUUUUUCAAGAAUCCUGCAAGGUCCGCUAUUUGAGUCAAGUGCAGGAACUGUGUUCCCAUGUAGAGUGCUCAUACAGCAAUCUCCUCCUUGGAGCUGAAUUGAUAUUGGGGUCCCCAGCUAUGAUUUGCCGUUUAUGUGAAACUUCAUUUUUGUUGGUAAUCUUAAUUGGUCACAUGUGUACGCCAGAUUUGAGACAUCAUUAUUAUUGUACUGUAGCUCUUAAGUAUAACAUCUUCUGAUAUACUGUAUCUUCACCUCCAUUAGUUCGUAGGUAAUCUGUGGCUCCCUCUAACAGGGAAACCAAAUAACUCACUCUGCUUUCUCUCUCUAAUACUCAGUGAUCUUUCUUCUCUACAUUUGUUUGUGAUAGUAACAUAGGUUUAUAAUUCUAUAAUUAAUGGACACCAUAUAAUGCACGCCAGGAACAAAUGGUUUCUCACCAUGCUAUAAUAUGCUCAACACAUGACAUGAACUGCUUAGACCUCCCUAGGUGAUGCAAUGGCCAUUUAAGUCAGCACCUCUCACUGUUGCUUUGCUACUUUGCAUGACUAUUGAAGAGACGAUAAUAAACUAGUCAAAGUAUACCUGUAUGAGAGGUUCAUUUUAUCAUGACAGCAUUUACUCAUAACGGUUAGCAAUCUCAUCAUGAAACAGUACAGCAAGAAUCAAAAUGUUGUGGCUAUUUAUGUGCCUGAGAUGCGAGGUGUCUAUUGGAGAAGCAUAAGCAUAAAGCCUUGUUAGUUUAAGAAGGCUGGAAAGGGUGCACAUUGCACACAAUUGCACCACAAUCACUCUCUUUUAUGCUUUCUGAGAUCUUAUAUUGCCUCUCAUUAAGCAACUGGCCACAAGGUAUCCAGCAGGAAAUACUUUGUGGAAUGAUUCUUCCAAAGCUCUGGGUUCCAUGCUGUGUAUCUAGGAGGCUUUGUGUAUAUAUUAAUGGUGCCGUAUGGGGAAUAUUGCUGUACAAAUUGCUACCAAGAUAUAUCCAGUCAAUGACACAGAAGCUCAGACAGGCCAGUAAUAGUAAAGAAUUAUUCUUUGAUUUUUUUUUUCAAUUGAAUUCUACUGACUUCCCCUUUUCAUUGGAGACAAAAUUGGUUUUCCAAGCAACUACAGAUCGAUGUGAUCCCACCCUCCCCAUUGAAACACAUUUUGGAGUUGUUUUGAAAAGCAAAUUAAUUAUCUCCCCCUCCCACUUUUAACAAUGGUUUCCCAAUGCCCUCGGUACCAUUUGGCAUCAAACCACCUCUCAACCUCAUAUUUCACUGUUCAGUUAAAGAAUCAAAAACCAGAAUACAGAGAGAGUUGUGGAGAUACAAAGAUAUUCUGUAGUGUUAUCAGGAUCUAAACUCUCAUUACAUCACAGUUGGAGGUGAAUCAAGUCCAUCAAACCAUUAAAUACAGAUGGAUAACACACCCAAAAUGCUAGAGGAAUUGAGCAGGUCAGGGAGUCUUGAUGAAGGGUCCUGGUCUGAAAUGUCAACGGUUUAUUCUUUUCCAUUGAUGCUGCCUGACUUGCUGAGAUCUUGCAGCGUUUUGUACAUGUUACUCUGUAUCUGCAGAACCUUCUAUGCUUAAUAUACAGAAGGAUGCCUGUAGAUAGUUCUAGAGAAGGUCUAUAGUGUUCAGAACAAAAAUGUCUCUAACAAUCCUUUGAGUGUGGAAGGACUGACAAAGAGAAAUGAAAGGUAUUAAUGUAUAGGCUUUGUUAAAGAUAAAAUUCAUAAGUGAUUCCCUUUACAAUGUAUCUAAAAAUCCUUAAGACCUGUUGAAGGAAUACAAUGCAGACUUCGAACCGUUCGUCUCCCCCUUCCGAGCUCUUCCUAUUGUGAUAGAUAGAUUAUUGUAAAAAGUCCAUAUUACCAUGCUGGGAUGGGAGGGUUCUAACAGAACAACAUUGGCAAAACAUUUGAUGACUUUUCAUAUUAUAAUAAAUUUUGCCAAAGAGGCAAUCUCUUUGAUGUGAAUGGGUUAAAAAAAAUCUAUUUUUAUAAAAAAGAAAAAGACCUCAUUGAAAAUUUUUACAGAACCUUGAUUGAAAAAAAAGAGAAUAUUUUGACAGGCUACGUUCUUUUAGUGGGAGGGGAGGACAGUUUUGUCACGUGUGCUCUAGAUUGAUAACUUUUUAAGACAAAAAAAGGGAGCAUAAAACACAUUGUUUACGAGCAAGAAUUGUAAGUUUGUACUCAGUGAUACUGAGAGCAUAUCGUUUGAUGGGAGCACUUUCUCAACAGUACAGGUUCCACACAGUGACAUCAUAACAGCUGAUAAGAUUUCGUUGAGGCCUUCCUGUUUAGUUGCUGUAAUAGAUCGACAUUUUUAAAGAGAAGAUUGCCAAAAAAAUAAAAGUCAAUUGACUUUCGAUUUCCUGGCUUAGCCGGUCUUUGAAACCUGUUUUAUUUGAACAAGACGGGCAAAUUGUCAUGUUCACAAGGUCCUUUUUUUUACUUUCUUCCUUUUGUUGGUGUAAGUUUUCAUUUUGAGGAAAAGAAUUCAACAUUUCUUCUGAAGUACGCAUUGUUGUUCUCCCUCUCAGCAUUUGCAAAGUCAUUCAUUAUAGAUGAAGGGUUUGAGUUGAUUUUGAUAGACCCAGUAAGAUGCUAUUUAAAUAUGUUGUGUUUCUUACCUAAUUUGAAUGUCUGGCCCCAAAGACAGUUUAUGGCAAUUUUUAUAACAGAAACUUCACCCUUCCCCCCUAAAUAAAGUUAUUGUUCAUUUACACAGUUGUAGAGAAGUGUCAGAUUUUAGUUAGAUCUUGUCUCUUUAGUCAGUUAUGUCAAGCAGAUAUCUGUCCAGUAUGUGGACAACUGCCUAGUGUUGGUUGGCACUAACACAGUCCCACUUGGUGGAGCCUAACACCAGAUGUCACCGACUGUUAAGAGAUUUUUCUAAAAGUCAAAGAGAACCACCUGGGACAGGCUGUCUCUGCGGUGAAGACCUGGUCUUAGUGAUUCAUCCAGACCCGAUCUCAACAUUGUGUCUCUGCCUCCUCUGACCACUAACGCGGCUUAUGAAGACCGACCAACCACAAAACCCCCCCGCCCCCUUCGUUCUGCUGUUUUUUGCUGGAUGUUAAACACUCAGCAGCUCAGAAAGGGAGAAAGCUGGGGUCUUUUAGAAAGAGCCCAACUAAAAAUUGGUCCAGAAUACUGAAGUUGUAGGCAAGGGACAAAAUAAAAGGACGAUGUCAAGCUUUUUUAUUUUUGACACUAUUCUCUUUAAUCCAAAUAGUUUGAUCAUUUGUUUGAGGGCCUCAGUAUAUUUAUUUAUCUUUACCACCUCUUUAAAAUUUGUUAAUCUUCCUUUUUUGGGGAUGGUAGGUGCUAAUUGAUCCUUUGUGUGUUCCUGAGGAAAGGUUUUUGGAAAGCUACUGACGCAAGCCCUACCUUAACUUAUUCAAAACUGAGCAAAGCACUAAAGGCUCUGCUACCUUUUAAAUAAAAGCUUUAGAUUUCCAAUUUUGCUUUGACCCAUGUUGACGUUGUGUGUGGGGGUGGAGCUUUUUUUAAAAAAUUCCCCCUCCUCUCCCCCCAGGACUUGACUAUUUACCAAACUUGCUAGUUAGUUUGCAUUCUCACUUCUUUUGCUAUUAUUUUUUCUCUCUUUAACGUCAGAUGUUUCUUUGUGUCCGGAACUCUAUGUGUAAAACAUGGGUCUCAUUUUGUUAGAAUAGUUUUUAAGAUUAAAAAAUGGUUAAAAAAAGAUUUUCUAUUGUUUUAAAACCGUGUUAAGUGUAUUGUACAAAUCUGUGGUAGCUUACAUUACAGAACAAAAAAAAAUGUUAAAAAAAGCACCAUGACCUAGUUAAUAUUUUGGCAAUUAAUAGCUUCUUGUAGCUUAACUUAUUCAGAGAUUGAAUAUAUAUUAUUGCAUUGUAAAAGUCGUUCUGUGUAUAUUUAUGUUUCCUUUAUAUUUGCAAGUUUUAAACAAAAAAAAUGACAUUAAUUUUACCAAUAUGUGGUUUAGCUUAAUUUAUUCUAAGGGAACAAACUUAAAGUUUGAGGAUGGCUCUCCUUAGUCAGGUGCACUGAUUAUGUCGUGAUUCAUACGAAACAAAAAAUAUUGAGUAUUAGGAAGUUACUUUGUGUGAUAGUUGUUAUAACUUUGCUAUUACUUUUGUCUUGUUAAACAUUUUCAGUCUUAUCCUAAUAGUAGUGUCGAUGGAUUUUAACAUGUUAUCGCUUGGUAUUUCUUUGCUUCCAUUUGGCCUCUUUGCCAAUCCUCUAAUGGCGCAUUGAGUGAACGGUGACAACCAAAGGGAAACUUUAACAAGUCUCGGAGAUACUCGCGGAUGAUUUUUUUUCCGAAUGAGAGAAGUCCAGCUGACUGGAUUAUAAAGUCAGGGGUUUGGGGGGGGGGGAAUGGGAGGGACGUUCAGGGUUCAUGAAAAUACUGAACAAAAUGUAUCCCUGAACUUGGUGGAUCGAGUGUACAAAGCAUUAGCGGGGAGGCACUGAUCUUUUUUCUCUUUGGUGUAUUUAGUUGGGGGAGAGGGUAAAAGUUCCCACGAUCCUUUAACUUAAUAUUUAUUUCGAUGGUAAAUUAUGGCUGAUUUCUUGUUGGAACAAACUUGCUAGUUUAGAGUAUUUAUUACUGGGAAUACAAAUGUGAAAGCUGUAAACAUUUUUCAUUGAACUGUUUGAUUAUUUGUACUUUUCAUGCCAGACAAUAAACUUCAGAAUCUU